UCUUUUUUUCCCCAUCUGAUGGGAGGUGGUGGGACAGCAGUUCUCAGAAAUAGGAGGCAACCUGUUGGGACAGCUCGUCCAGUUGCUCUCUCUCCGUCCUUCAGCUGCUGAAUGACUCUCAGCCCGCCUGCUGGAUUAUUGCACUUCUCCUGCUGUUCUACACAUUGGAAUGACAUCCUCCUGAACUGAGGCUGCUGUAAUGAGAGCCUCUAUCCUUGGAUCACUUUGUGCUCUCCUCUUGCUCCUGCAGGAGCCCGGAUGCCGGGGAGAUGAGGUUACAACCAGCACAGUGAACCCAUGCUGUUACUUCCCAUGUCAGCACUGGAGCGUCUGUGUGCGCUACGGCGAGGACAAGUACGAGUGUGACUGCACUCACACUGGAUACUACGGAGAAAACUGCACCGUCCCUGAAUUUUGGACCCGGGUGCGUCGGUUCCUCAGGCCCAGUCCAGACGUGGUGCACUACAUUCUGACCCAUUUCCACUGGCUGUGGGACAUCAUCAACAACACGUUCUUACGGAACGUCCUCAUGCGGCUGGUUCUGACGGCGAGGGCCAGCCUGAUCCCCAGUCCUCCCACGUUCAAUUCAAAAUAUAACUACCUCAGCUGGGAGUCCUACUACAACCUCAGCUAUUACACCAGGAUCCUGCCACCUGUUCCUGAGGACUGCCCCACACCCCUAGGGGUCAAAGGCAAAAAUGGCCUCCCUGACCCUGAGGUUUUGGUUGAGAAGCUGCUGAAAAGAAGGACAUUCAGGCCUGACCCUCAGGGCUCCAAUAUCAUGUUUGCUUUCUUCGCUCAGCACUUCACCCACCAGUUCUUCAAGACCUACAACCGGAUGGGUCUGGGCUUCACCAAGGCUCUGUCACACGGGGUGGAUGCAGGCCACAUUUAUGGAGACAACCUGAAACGUCAGCACAACCUCCGGCUUUUGAAAGAUGGAAAGCUGAAGUAUCAGUUGCUCGAUGGAGAAAUGUACCCGCCCUCUGUAGUUGAUGCUCCCAUCAGGAUGAGCUACCCUCCCGGGGUCCCGGCAGAGAGACAGAUGGCCAUUGGUCAGGAGGUUUUCGGGCUCCUUCCUGGUUUGGGUUUGUACGCCACCCUGUGGCUCAGGGAGCACAACAGAGUCUGUGACGUCCUGAAAGCAGAGCAUCCCACCUGGGACGAUGAGCAGCUUUUCCAGACGGCCCGCCUUAUCAUCAUCGGCGAGACCAUACGGAUCGUGAUAGAGGAGUACGUGCAGCACCUGAGCGGCUACCUGCUGCAGCUCAAGUUCGAUCCCACCCUCCUCUUCCACUCCCACUUCCAGUACGGGAACCGCAUCGCGCUGGAAUUCAGCCAGCUCUACCACUGGCACCCGCUGAUGCCCGACACCUUCCACAUCAACGGAGACGAGCUGACGUACGCGCAGUUCCUCUUCAACACUUCGGUCCUGACGCACUACGGCGUGGAGAAACUGGUUGAUGCCUUCUCCCGGCAAGCUGCCGGCCAGAUUGGUGGAGGCCACAACAUAAACCCAAUUGUCUCCAAAGUCGCCGUGGGAACGAUAAAGGAGUCUCGCAAGCUCCGUAUCCAGCCUUUCAACGAGUACAGGAAGCGUUUUAACCUCAAGCCAUACACAUCAUUCAGAGACUUCACCGAUAACGAAGAGAUAGCCAGCACCCUAGAGGAGCUCUACGGCGACAUCGACGCUCUCGAAUUUUACCCAGGGUUACUGCUGGAGAAGACUCGACCAGGGGCGAUUUUUGGAGAAAGCAUGGUGGAAAUGGGUGCCCCCUUUUCCCUCAAAGGCCUCCUGGGUAACCCCAUAUGUUCCCCAGGAUACUGGAAGCCCAGCACAUUCGGAGGCAAAGUCGGCUUCGACAUCGUGAACUCGGCCACUCUGAAGAAGCUGGUGUGCCUGAACUCCCGGACGUGUCCCUACGUGGCGUUCCACGUUCCAGCAGAGGAGAAACCAGUCAGGAAAGAACAAAGCACUGAGCUAGCCGCUGCCAUGACUACUCUGGAUGACAAGUUGCUGGGCGAGAAGCUGCAGUACUACUACAGCAGCAGUGAGGAUGAAGGCAGUGACAACGACGAUGAAGAUGGGGAGAGGAAGACCAUCCGGGACGCGGGCGCCACCGAUCCAGACAUAGAGUACAGUGCAGACGGAAGUGCUGUCAACACAGGGCCAAAGGGAGUCAUCAACGACUGGAGGAAGUACAAGCAGCUGGAGGUGGAACAAAAACAGGAGCAGAAGAAAGAGAUGGAGAGACUGAUAAAGAAGCUGUCGAUGACGUGCCGCUCCGAUCUGGACCUAAAAAAUGACAAAGACGAGGAGAAGAAGCUGCAGGACAAAAUUAAAAGCAAAAUGACCAUGCAGGAGUACAACAUGCUCCAGGAGGACGAGGACGACGAAGACUUCCUCCAGCAGUACCGCAUGCAGCGCAUCGAAGAGAUGCGCCGCCAGCUCUGCCGCGGGAAGCGCUUCGAGCGGGUGCAGGAGCUCGGCAGCGGUGAGGAGUUCCUGGAGGCGCUGGACAAGGAGGACAAGAGCACGUUGAUCAUGAUCCACAUCUACGAGCCGGAGAUCCCGGGCUGCGACGCCAUGAGCGGCAGCCUGCUGUGCCUGGCGCACGAGUAUCCUCUGGUGAAGUUCUGCUGCGUGCGCAGCUCGGCCAUCAGCAUCAGCGCUCUGUUCCGGGAGAGCGCUCUGCCCGCGCUGCUCGUCUACAAAGGAGGGGACCUGAUCGGUAACUUCGUGCGGCUCACCGAUCAGCUCGGGGAGGACUUCUUCGCCGUGGACCUGGAGGCGCUCCUGCAGGAGUACGGCCUGCUGCCGGAGAAGCCCGCCACGGUCCCAAAGACACUGCGCAACGGAGCCAUCAUUCAGAGCAACGCAAGCGACGAGGACUCGGACCUUGAAAUAGACUAGGCCUCCAAAUAUCUGAUACUCUGCUUGGUAAAGUCGCAUGGACCAUUUCUAUUUAUUUAUGUGAAGCCCUUGUUAGAGAUUCCCCCCCAGCACCAAAGCUAAAAAAAAACAAAAAAAAACAAAAGUAGGAGAAGUCAUUCACUUCAUGUCAUUCCAUUCUGAAUAUUUGGAUGAGGGUAAAUGUCUUUUAUGAUCAUAGUUUAAAACACAACAAAAGUUCUGCUGUUGCUGUACAUACGGUUCACUUCUUUCCUCAAGCUCUGUCGACCGUUUGUGUUUUGUGUUCAACACAUUCCACUGCGCUCUUCAUGUCUUAUCAUCCAUGUUUCACUCUUGUGAAUAUCGAACCUUCACCUCCAGACUGACCUUUUUAGUUUUGUAACUUUUAUAUGUGCUGUACCCUCAAAUAAACUGCAGCAUGUUUCAAAUCA